AUGAAUCGAGUGGUUGGCGUGAUUGCGAUCCCAUGCCCAACUCAAAUUGUUGAAGGGGAUUGUCGUAAGUUGUUUGCGUCUGAUUACCGUAAGAAUCAAGAUUCUGCUCUUUCAGGGGUUUUGAUUAGAAAAAUGAGUGCUAAAAUGAAGAUGAGACCAGCAGUGGAGAAUGGCGAGGCAGGCGAGGACUUCGUUCUAAGUAUUAUGGUCAGUAAUGGGGAGGAUUUCGGACCUAUGGUCCAACUUGUUUUUGAGACGGGGAAGCUGGAAACCCUUAUGCAACACCUUAAGAAUGUAGUGAGAAAAAAAGAAGUUGAAAUUGAGGAACUUUGCAAGCUCCAUUAUGAGGAUUUUAUACUUGCUGUUGAUGAGAUUCGUGGUGUCCUAGUUGAUGCAGAAGAGCUGAAAAGCGAGCUUGCAAGUGAGAAUUUUAGGUUACAAGAGGUUGGGAGCGCCCUACUUUUGAAACUUGAAGAGCUUCUCGAAUCUUAUUUGAUUAAGAAGGAUGUUACUAAAGCCAUUAAGAUGUUAAAGAACUGUGCUUUCGCUUUGGAUCUUUGUUUGAAGUGUAAUAACCAUAUUUCAGAAGGUUGGUUUUACCUGGCUUUAAAAGCUGUUGAUCAGAUUGAGAAAAAUUAUUUGCAGAAUAUUCCUGUGAAGGCACUCAAGAUGCUUAUUGAGAAGAGAAUACCGUUGAUAAAGUCACACAUUGAGAAGAAGGUAUGCAGCGAGGUUAAUGAAUGGUUAGUUCACACAAGGAGCGGUGCGAAGGAUAUUGGGAAAGCUGCUAUAGGGGUCCUAAGGACUGCCAGUGGGCUGCUCUCACCAAAUCAGCUCAAGAUGAUGUGGGAAACAGCUGCGGCUAAAAUAACUUCAAUCUUGGAGGAACAAUUUUCGCAUACGGAUACAGCAAACCAUCUCCUCCUGGUGAAGGAUUAUGUAACUUUUCUUGGGGCAACCCUUAGAAAAUAUGGUUAUGAAGUGGGCUCAAUUCUCGAGACAUUGAACAUUAGUAGUGACAAAUAUCACGAGCUUCUUUUAGCAGAGUGUCGUCAACAGAUUACUGAAGUCCUUGCCAGUGACACAUAUGAGUAG